ACAAUGCAGGUCCGCGAUGACAUUUGAAUGACGUCAAAGCGCGCGAAAACAUAAAACUGUCAUUAUUAGUUUUUAAUUUAAAAAAGAACACGCACGUUUGAAAGUGACAAUUAAAAGAACCAGUGUUGAUAAAAAGAGUUUUUAAUCGUGGUUUGUGUCGAUUGUUUUUUUUUAGUGAUUGUGUUAUGUUUUUUUAAAAAAUGAAAGACUUGGUUCAAAUUUGGAACAGAGUUACGGGAAGGCAAUAUGCGUCAGUUAACUCGAAUGAGAAGGAAUUAAAAGACUUGACGCAUAAUCGCUUAAAUAAAGCUGAUAUCGAUACGUCGGCGUUUGAAAUUAAUCUAUCCGAAUGUGAAGGAUUAAACAACAAAUUUAACGAUGAUCUGGAUUUCAAUGAACGUAAAGAUGAAAUUAUAAAUCGGUUAUUUAAAAGAAGAAGGAGUGGACAUGUAGGUCGGCAACCAAAACGUUUAUUUCUAUUGUUUCUGCUUGGUUUCGUGGCGUUGGGGGUGGGAUUCUUCAUCAUAUUCCUUCAUCCUUAUAAUGCCAUAUUCAAUUGGAAAAUCGUGCUGUCCGACGGUGGCGAGAUCUUUGAAAUGUGGAAAAAGCCAGAGGUGAAGCUGUAUACUAAGGUGUAUCUUUUCAACAUCACGAAUGCUGACGACUACAUGUCUGGCAAAGAUGACAAGAUCAAGGUCAAGGAAGUUGGACCAUACGUCUAUCGUGAGGCUCUAGAACACAGCGAGGUUAAGUUCAACGACAACGGCACGCUCUCUACCAUCCCUCGUCACCCUCUGAUAUGGGAGGAGGAACUCUCAGAGGGCAACAAAGAGGAUGAUAUGCUUUACCUACCUCAUAUUGCUUUAUUGUCCAUCGCAAACGUGGUGUCUCAACAGAACUUCAUGACACGUUUCGGUCUGAACAACCUUAUAAGGAUGACGAAUAGUCAGCCGUUAGCAAAGAUGACCGCCAAAGAAUUCAUGAUGGGUUACAAGUCUGAAUUGAUGAGUAUCGGCAACACUUUCCUGCCAGGGUGGAUUUACUUCGACAAAUUGGGUUUGAUCGAUCGGAUGUACGAUUUCGAUGGAGACUAUGAGACCAUUUUCACGGGUGAGAAUGAUAUCUCUCUGUCUGGUCUAAUCGAUACCUACAGAGGUUCCACUGACCUCCCCCAAUGGGAUGGCAAACAUUGUUCCAAUGUUCAGUACGCUUCUGAUGGUACCAAGUUCAAAGGAGCUGUUGCCAGGAACGAGACUAUAUUGUUCUACAGAAAGAGUCUCUGUCGGUCCGCGCCUUUGAUUCCAGCUGAAGAAGGUACGAAGCACGGAUUUAAGGCAUACAAGUACGUGUUUCCAGAACACAUGCUAGAUAAUGGUAAACAUAUUGAAGAGAACAAGUGCUUCUGUAGAUAUGGUAAAUGUCUCCCAGAAGGGUUAAUCGACGUCACCGAUUGCUACUACGGAUUUCCCAUCGCACUAUCCUACCCCCACUUCUAUAAGGGAGAAGAUAUCCUUUUCAGCAAGGUGGAGGGGCUGACUCCUAAUAAGGAACAGCAUGAGACGAGAUUCUGGAUUCAACCCGACUCAGGAUUACCUUUAGACAUCACUUCUAAAUUCCAAAUCAAUAUGGCACUCGGUGAUAUAUCUCUUAUUGAAAAUACAGCCAGAUUUGCCAACAUGCAUCUUCCUUUACUGUGGUUUGAUAUUACAAUGUCUUCGCUCCCGUCUUCAAUGGAACAGAAAUUCAAAUUCUACCUAAAUAUUUUUCCUCUGGUAGAACAAGUCUUAAUGUACCUUAGCUUCGUCGCUGGGACAAUAUUAAUCCUCGUCACAACAUACAUCCUAACAUUCGAAAUAAUGUUCAAAUCUUUCGGCGAAAAGAAACAUAGCAACAUAAAUAUUCGUAGAAAUAUUUGGAUGAACAGAGACAAAAAAUCCAAAGGCAAAGCGAAUGAGAAAGAUGGCAUAUAUGUACCGUGUGAUGUACCAUUAUCAGAUACAGAUUCAGAUCUAAAAUUCGAAGAAGCAAGACCGACGUUUAUAAAGAGCCACAGCGACAGAAUCAAAGAAUUCGGUCACAAACUAAGUGAUAGAGUUUACGAUUCCGUUGAAAACGUCAGAGGUAUGUUCGACGAUCUGACACACGUUCGAAGCGAUAGAAAGAACUCGUUGAUACCUCCCGAGGAAUCACAGGAAGGUAAUAAUGAAGCUUACAAAAGCGAUUCAGGGGAAAGUGACAAAGAAUAUGAUAAAUACCGAGAGAUCAAGCGGACGGAUAGCGAUGACGAUUCUAAGUACCUUGAAGUUGUUGAUGAUGGCAGCGAAUUUGAUGAAUCAUAUAACGAAGACAGAAGUAAACACAGCAAUAAAAACGAAUUGUACAUUCAUAUAAAUUGAAAGGUAAUACUUACCGUCAUGGUUUAACCAACUCAUUGAAAUCAGUAACUGUUUAGACUGGUUUAAGUGCCAAGGAUUAUUUUAAUGAUUGCGUUAUAUUAUUAUUAAACUUCUUGCCUCGAAACGGACAUAGACUUGAAAUUAUAAAAAAAAACGUUAAGUUUUUGAAAGCCUUCAAUCAAGUCUGCCUCCCGAUAUGAUUAAUAUUUAAGAACUCCUAGAAGAAGUCCUCCCGACAGUGAAAACGGCCUCGUAUGUACCGAGAGUGUAUUCUGCCGAGAUUACUUCAUAUUAUUUAUUCCUUUAAUUAAGUUAUUUUUUUUAAUGCAAUAUACAAAACCAGCGAUUUUAUAUUUGAUAACUUUUUACCAUUAUAUCUUAGAAUAUACAUUUAUGAAAUUAAUUCUAUUAAGGUGGAAUCAGACGGUUCAUUUUUUGUUCAUUUUCGUGUUUCAUUUUGCAUCUUUCACUCAAAGUGACACGUCUAAACACAAAGUGAAACAAAAGUGCCGAAUGAAUUCAUUAGUGAACUGAGCCAACGACGUUGGAUCGAUGCAUUCGGCAUCGUUCAUUCCCACUCCGAAUGAACGAAAAAUGAACAGUCCGAACACAAAGUGAACGUUCACUUGGAUUUGGCCAUUUUGUCUCGAACGCAUUUUUCUUAAUCUUUUUUUAGCUCCUUGAUCAAAUGAUCACAAAUUAAACUUAUUCCAAGAGACACGACUUCAUUCGACGCCAUAUUGAAAGAAACUACGAAUGAAUGUUCUUUUUUACGUCAUUCCCGCUAAGCCGUGUGAACAUGGAAUGAAAUAAAAAUGAAUCAUUCACUCAAAAAAACAUUUACUCGAAUAAACCGUCUGACACCACCUUUAAUAAAUAUUUCCAUUUUUAAAAUUUGACGUUUGAAAUUGUACGUUAAGGUAAGUUUAAAUUAAUCAACGAUUUUUACAUCGGUGACUGUGUUAAACAGAUUUACGAUUAUUUUUUAAAUUAUUAAGGAUCAGAUAUUUCUUGUUGUAAACUUUUGAUUUAUCUGUAUUUGAAGAACAAAACUGCUUGUAGUAAACUGUUUACAUUUCGAAAUUAAAAACAAUUUCUAAUUUUAUCUUAUUCUAGAUUUAAUGGUUAAUUGUAAGUCAUAAUUAAGUACAAUUAUUGAAUAAAUAAUUUUAUAACAUAUUCAAUGUGGUAAGUUCUAUCGGAAAAUGCUCAAAAAAAUAUACGCUUUUUUUGUGUUAAUUGUAAUUAAAUAAUAAAUAAUUUUAUUUACAAUUCCAAUGUUCCACAAACUGUAAUGUGAUAUGGUUUUGAAAUAGAACACCUUUUCAAAUAUUUAUUUGAAACUUACCUGCAAUGAACAUAGUUCAAAAACUUACCUUACGAAUUAUGAUCGUUACCUUAAAAGAGAAUCGAGAUAUUUAAAUAUACAUAAAUAAGUAUUAGCCAUAUAAAGAUUUAAAUAGAUUUUUUGAAAAGGUGUU